AUGCUCGUUGAGCUGAAGAACGGCGAGACACUCAACGGACACCUGGUUUCGUGCGAUACAUGGAUGAACCUCACACUAAAGGAGGUGGUGCAGACAAGUCCGAGGUUUAUGUCAAAGGAAACAAUGUACGUUUCAACUGCGCCAUGGAUUAUUUACCUAGAAAAGGAGACUGAUGUGCAGCAGAUCAAAUACCUGAGAGUACCCGACGAGAUCAUCGACCAGGUCAGCGAAUCACAGAAGGGCCAGCAAGGCGGUUUCCGAGGCGGUAGAGGAGGACAGUCAAGGGGAGAUCACAGCGGUCGUGGUGAUCGCGGACGUGGUCGUGGUGGAAGAGGCCGAGGCCGGGGUCGGGGCCAAUGA